AUGUUGCCUUCUUCUAUGCGCCGAGUCGUCUCCUCAGCCGUCUCCUCGACCCCUCAGACCGGUGUCGUUUCCGUCCUCGCCUCAGCCACUUCAAAGACCACUCCCGUCUUUGUUCGAAAUCAGCAGCGACGAUGUUCUUCUUCAAAACCCUCGAAGUCCGAUAAUGGCGCCAACGAGAUCUCGGCUGGCCAGUCGGUGCCUGCUGCUACAUCACCCAAGUCUGGCAAUGAGAAGCGAAAGCGAAAGAGCAGCAAGGAUGCUUCCGAUCGAGCGGCUUCAAUGAGAAAGUUGCCAAGCGUUCCCAACACGCAUCACAUGUCACAAGAAGCUCUGGGACUAUCAAGUUUCUUCUCACUACACAGGCCCAUCUCGGUUACUCAGACCAUACCCCGAGCGGUUUCCGAUGAGCACUUCGCCUCCAUCUUUGCCUCCCGAACCAGAAGCAAUAAGAUGGCCGAUACAGAUUCCACUCUCUCCAGCGCUAUCGAACAGUUGGAAGGGCCUAUGGCUCAGAUGACCAUUGGUGGAGGACACGAGGGCCAGGAAGGAAUGCACAAGGUUGAUAUCAAGAACCCCGAUGGUACCGAGUCCAGCAUGUACCUCCAAAUCGACACCAUGUCAGGUGAAUUCCUGCCUUUCCGGCCUCCACCUCUGCCUCAACCUCAGGCUGCUGGUCAGGCAGAUAGUGCCGUUGCCGACAUCGAAGCUGCCGAAGACGUUCCCCAACACCGGAUGUACAAGGCUCUUUUCACCAUCGAGGAGUCCAUCGAUCCUGAUGGUCAAGUCCGCAUCAUGGCCCACAGCCCUCAGAUUGUGCAGGACAACCAACCGCGAAGUUUCCUUGAGCGUCUGGCUCUUCGCCAGCUCAAGUUCGACGAGGCCCAGGGCCGCCGAGACAUGCACGCCAUCAGCGUGAAGCGACAACGAAAGCUCAGGAUGAAGAAGAAGAAGUACAAGAAACUUAUGAAGAGGACGCGAGUCCUGCGCCGCAAGUUGGAUCGAACUUAG